CCCCCCCCCCCUCCUCCGCCUCCCCCGUACACUAGAUCCGCCACCGCCGCCGCCACCCCUCAUGGGCCAGUGCCCCUCCGCAUCCCGCCAUCACCGUCACCAUCGCAAGCUGCCGCCGCCGCCGUCCCCCGCCGCGCAGGCGACGUCGCCUCGUUUCUCCUCCGAUGGUGCCGCGGCCGCUGCAGAGGACGCCGCCGCCGCGGCGACGGCGGACUACACCUCUGAUCUCCCCGAGGAGCUCCUGGCCGUGGUGUUUGGGUUUCUCGGCUCGGGCGACCGCAAGCGCUGCUCCCUCGUCUGCCGCCGCUGGCUCGCCGCCGAGGCUGCCUCGCGCCUCCGGCUCGCCCUCGACGCGCGAGCGCCGCUCCUCGCGGCGGCCCCUGGGAUCCUCGCGCGCUUCUCCGCCGUCUCCAAGCUCGCGCUCAAGUGCGACCGCCGCGCCGAGAGCGUCGGCGACCCCGCGCUCGCCCUCGUCGCACAACGCCUCGGCCCCGGCCUCCGCCGCCUCAAGCUCCGCUCCGUCCGUGCCGUCACCGAUCACGGCGUCGCCACGCUCGCCGCUGCCGCCGGCAACCUCCGCAAGCUGUCUGUCGGCUCAUGUGCCUUCGGUGCCAAGGGGAUCGAGGCAGUCCUCCGCUCCUGCCCCCAGCUCGAGGAGCUCUCUGUCAAGCGCCUGCGAGGCCUUGCUAACUCGGAGCCCGUCGCAAUCUCUGGCCCUCGUCUCCAGUCUCUGUCCCUCAAGGAGCUCUACAAUGGCCAGUGCUUUUCAUGUUUAAUCACGCAGUCCCCUAACCUCAAAACUCUCAAGGUAAUCCGAUGCUCUGGCGAUUGGGACCCCGUGCUGCAGGCAGUCCCGCAGGAUGCUUUGCUGGCCGAGCUUCAUCUCGAGAAGCUGCAGGUCAGCGACCAUGGCGUCAGUGCUCUAUGUGGACUCGAAGUCUUGUACCUUGCCAAGGCCCCAGAGGUCACAGAUGUUGGGUUGGCAGCGCUAGCCACCAAGUCGCCACUCUUACGCAAGCUGCAUGUUGAUGGGUGGAAGGCGAAUCGGAUUGGUGACCGGGGGCUUGCAACCGUGGCACGGAAAUGUGCUGCUUUGCAAGAAUUGGUUCUUAUUGGUGUAAAUUUGACAUCAGUGAGCCUUGAAUUGAUAGCUGCUAACUGUCCCACCCUCGAGCGGCUUGCCCUAUGUGGGUCUGACACAUUUGGGGAUGCGGAGAUCUCUUGCGUGGCGACCAAGUGUGCUUCUUUGCGGAAACUCUGCAUCAAGGCAUGCCCUGUGUCUGAUGCUGGAAUGGAUAAGCUCGCUGAAGGCUGCCCACGCCUUGUCAAGGUGAAGGUGAAGAAGUGCCGUGGGGUGACGUUUGAGUGUGCCGAGCGGCUCCGUGCUAGUCGUCAUGGAGCCCUUUCUGUGAAUUUUGACACACCGGGCGUUGCUGGUGAAUUGCAGGAUGCUAGGAGUGUGGAUGAGAGUGGUGUGCUGGAAAAUGCAGGGAGCGACACUGUACCAGAUGAUCUUGAUGAUCAGAUAGGGAUCCCUGACCUUUCUUGUGGCAGCAGUGGCAGGCCAUCAGGGUGGAAAGCACGACUGGGUGCUUUCAUGUCAAGGAGUUUGUCAGUUUCCGUGUUCCGGAGGCGUCUGCAGGCGAGCUCGUGUAACUCAUAAGUCAGCGCACGAGGAUUGUGUGCUAUGGUUGCUCCUUUAGCCCUUUGAUUCUUUUAUGUUUGUAUGUCAAUUAGUUGGUGCUGUGCUUGUUUGUUAAGAUCGAUGUUUUUUGUCUUUUUGAAUUGUACCAUUCUGUUCUUCCAGAUUGCUGAUGGAAAAUUCAGUUUAUUUUGCCAUUCAGUUUGGUUCGAGGAUACUUAUUAUUGAUCUUUCGCUUUGUAGUAGAGGAAACAUCCAUGUGAUCAUACAAUGUAAUCUCUGAUAAACAAUUUUUUCAAUUUAAAAACGUGAUAUGUGAAGCA